AUGCCACGAAUAACUCCCCUUUUUUUGCUCUCCAUUUUACUCUCUUUUUUCCUUUUCUCCGGGCAAAAUGCAUUAACAAACGAUGACGACACAAACAAAAGGGCUACCUUGCUAGCCCUCCUAAAAAACACCUUCAUCGAUAAUACGGAAAAUAAAAAACCAGAUGAUAUAAACACAGCAUUGGAAAACAUAAACAAUAUGACCUUACACCCCACAGAUACAGACAAAUUUAACAAAUUUUUGGAUCAUUUUUUAAAAUUUUUUCACAUUUACGUAUCUUUCAGUGAUAAGGACAAAAGGGUGUUACACCUCUCUGGGGUUUUAAAUGAGGUGUACGUGGACGUAGAGUCCCUCAGCGAGGAAAACCUCCAGAAACAUUUUGACAGUGUUCACGAGAAGGGACUCAAUUUGAUUAAUUUAAUCGUACAUAGUAAUUUGGUGCACCCCAAAUAUGAUGAAACGGCGGUGCAGGGGAUGGAGGGGGAGGAGCCUGAACAGACGGAUGGCCCCACGGAAGGGCCGGGGUCCCACGGGAAGGUAGACCCCCCACAAGAGGGCGACCCUCAGGAGGAGGAAGGCCCCUCACAAGAGGGCCACCCUCAGGAGAAGGUAGACCCCACACAAGAGAACCACCCUCACGAGAAGGUAGACCCUCCACAAGAGGGCGACCCCGCACAAGAGAGCCACCCUCACCAGAAGGACGGCCCCGCCCAGCAGGACCACAGCCAGGAAUACGCGGUGACGCCUGAAUAUGCUGAUCACUACCACUACGGUGGCCAUGAGGAAGACCCGGAGGAUAUGGAUUACGAAAAUGGCGAAGAAUACGAUGCGCAGGGGGAUCCGGACGACCACGAUGAGCACUACGAAUUCGACGAGCAUGAUGAGCAUGGCGAGCAUGGCGAUUACGACCAUGAUGAGCAUGGCGAACAUGACGAGCCCUACCAUGAGGAAGACAAGAAGAAAAUAAAAUACGUGGGGAAAAAGCUGAAAAACUUGCUAGCCAUGAAAAACAUCAAACUGAAUAACAACUCCACUGGAGAAUUUAAAGUAAAUUUCUACACGAACUACGUGAAUUACAUCAACACCCCAUACGGUGCACCUCUAUUGCCCUUUCAUAAGGACAGCUACGAAUACGCCGAGGUAUAUUCAGGUGAUAAGCUGCACCCAAAGAAGCACGGCGAUGAGCAAAUGUACUAUGUCGGGGAGAAGGAGCUGAUACCAGUACAUGGAAAAGGGGACAUGCAGAAGGAGGGCCCAUACGAUGUGUAUAAGGGAGCAAUGAAGGGGAUUUACGAAAAUAUUAAAAAGAAGGCAGCCAAAAAGGGAGGUAAAAACGGAUGGUGGGGGAAGAAAAAGGCGGGAAAAUAUCAAAUAAAGGAAGACAGCAAUGGGGACGACGACGAUGAUGAAGAUGGUGAUGGCGAUGGUGACGAUGAUGACGAUGAUGACAAUGGCGACGAUGACGAUGAUGAAGACCCAGACGAAGACGACCAGCUGCAGAAUGAGCCUCUUCACAAAGGGCAUGGGCCAAACAAGAAGCCUAAAUAUGGCCAUAAGAAAAAAAAAAUUCAUGGGGAGAACGUGGACGAUGAGGAAACGACUGACAAGGCACCAUCGGAAAAGGGAAAAAAAGGCAUCGAUUUUGCUUAUACGUAUUACAACCCGUAUUACAUGUUCAAGCUGGGCAGCAACAUGCCAACCGGGAAGAAGGCGCAGCCGAGUGGGAAGGGUGCGCCAGCGAAGGGCGGGCUCCUGAAAGGGGGAAAAGGCCAUGAUGAGGAGGAGGAAGAAGUGGCAGACGAAGAAGAGGAAGAAGAGGAAGAAGCAGAAGUGGCAGACGCGGAAGACGUGGCAGACGAGGAAGACGCAGAAGAAGUGGCAGACGAAGACGCGGAUGUGACAGACGGAGACGACGCGGAGAAGCAACACGCAAAGAAAAGCGCCGCGAACCUCUUCGUAAAUACGCUCCUGGAACUGGCGGGCUACCUAGAGCCGAGCGAAAGCAAAAAGAGCGAACUGAAGGAAGACAAAAAUAGCCUUGGGCAAGCGAACAAAAGCAGACCCAUAUACAAAAAAAAAGAAAUGAAAAGCAGAAAAAUGAAAACAAAGAAAGACAUCGUAGACGAAAAGACAACAGAAAAAAUCAAAGACACCAUGUACGUUAAAGUGGGUCAAAAUGGAACAAAUGGAUUUUUAAAUUUCUUCGAUUUUAGAGAAUAUGCAGUAAAAGAAAAUUUCAAAGAUCUCCUAAAAGUGAUGGAAACCUUAAAGGUGUUUAAUAUAACCGAAACGAUUAUUUUCAUUCAGAAGUUUACAGAGUCUGUAUGUGCCUCAUACUGCAUGGGGAUAACAGAUGUGCUGGAGCUAGUAAAUAAUGAUAUGCUGUUGUACGAGAAGAUGUCUUUCCACUUCCGUAAGAAUGGCAUGACCGUCACGACUAAUUCAAAUUACGAAUUUAAUGGCAUAAAUUUUGAAAGCUUGCUAGCUUUGCUAAAUAUAAAUAAAGAAACCAUACCACUCACUUGCCCUUGUAAAUCCUACACCAAUAAUAUUAUCAGCUACUGUAAGCAGUAUAAGUCUAAUUUGAAGGGGUACUUUACCCAGUCGAAGAAUUCGGAAUAUUUGGAAAAAUUCACCCCCUAUUAUCUCCUGGAGCAGUUAAUUCUUUUGGAGGAUAAGCUAAAUUAUAUUAAAAAGAAUGGGAAAAUAUCCUCAGAUACGUCUGUGAAAAUUUUGGAGAGUAAGGACCUUCACACGACGGCCUACUACCACAACAACAGGUACUUCCCCCCCUUGAAGGCCUCCAGCGCGUCGUCCACUGCGCCUGUAAGUGCAGUUGGUGGGAAGAGCGGACUUAACCGCGUUGGCGGAUUUGGAGGAAACGGAGUUGACGGAAAUGGCGUAAGCAGUCAUGGAAGCAACCACGGAGGGGGGGAGCUUGCGGACGAGCUCAAGUACCCCGACGUAGACACGCUGAACAUCUACUACAACGCCUCCCCAGUGAACCUGAAGAGCAUCCACGAUGUUAAGAAUGUGCUGAUUGACGAAGUGAAGUCAAAAAUAUUUUACAUAAAUUCGUACCGAAUAGGAAACCAGUUUUUCCCCACGUACAGCAACCUAGGCAAAGACGACCACGAUUUGGAAAUUCUGGAGAGCGCUAAUUCUUCCAAGCUGAAAGUGGAGGGCAGGACGAGCAAGCGAAGCCCCAAGUUGGGCCACUUCGUGGUGCCCAAGCUGGAGUCUGUGGAGAAGCACUCCACGGGGGGAAGCGGUGGAAGCGAUGGAAGCGAUGAAGAUAGCGAUGAAACCACAGAUGCGGGAAGCGACGGAGGAAGCGAUGGAGGAAGCGUGGGCGGGGGAGCCCUCGCGAAGCACAAAAUCAUGGGGAACAGCGACUGGAUUCCGUUGAAAAGCCCGCCCAACCACGAAGACUUUUACAACGCGAAAAAGCGCCACACGAACCUGCUGGACCACGAGGGGAAGCAACUGUGCGAAAAGAAAAUGGACGAUAGCGACUGCGUGAGUUUGAAGUGCGCCUUUUUGGAGAAGGACGCGCGCGCGAAGGAGUCCGGCGAGUGUGACAAGGAAGUGGUCGACAAGCACACGGGUGAUAAGGAAGCGAGCGACAAGCAAACUGGUGAGGGAGGCGAAACCGAUGGGGCAGACCAAGCGGAAAGCCAAAACAACGUAAACGAGAGCGAAGAACAUUCUGCGGAGUCCCUCAAGCUGCAGAGCAAAAUGGGAGAACCCCUCUCGUGCAAGAAGAAAAAAGCGAUAAGCGCCAAGUACUUAAUUUAUUUUUUUAAAAACGUACAUGUGUGGAAAACAGGGGAGUACUGCCAAAAUGUUAAUUACAUAGAUAACUGGUUGAAGAAAAUUAAUUACAACGAAGAAAUCAUAUUCCAGGAACAGCUAGACGAAGACAGCGUGGUGCUCUACUUCUCCUCCAAUUUGAAGGACAAAUAUAAGCUGGACAUGGAGUACUUCAUAUUUUUAUUGCAAAAAAUUUCACUAAUAAUGUACGUGGAAGAUCUCUGUGGAAUUUUCCAAAUAGACGAAAUGAAGCAAAAUAAAAAAAUUGACAAACACAUAGAAAACCCAGCAAAUAUUCACAACUUUAUGGAAAAACAUAUUUUAUUUUCACAUGAGCAAUAUUCGAAGAAGAAUAAAUAUGCAAAGGAGCUAUCUAUAAUUUCUACUUCCAAUUUUUUUUCUUCCAAAAAGGAUAUUAUUCUGAAUAGCCAGCCAUACAACAACAUAGUAUUUAACGAAAAGGAAAUUUACGAAUCGCUAUACGUUUACAUGGAAGAUGUGCUAACAGAGCGAAUGAUAAAUGAAACGUGGCUGACCCCCUACGGAUUUAUCCUAUGCAAACCAACCUUAAGUGAUGCAAAUAAUUACAAAUUGAAGAUUUCCCAAAAUGAAUUCAUCACGAAAUAUUCCAGAAGCGCUAUAGAUAAAUAUAUGUAUUAUGAGUACAGGAAAAUUGGGAACAAUAUCGUGCAGCACCAUUUGGACUUGAGUCCCAAAUUAAGCGAGCAUCUGGCUGAACUGAAGGAGUACCGCUUAAUCAUUUACAAUGAUAAUCCGUCCAUGACAAACAUCAUAAUCACGACGACUGUUAACGUUUUGAAUAUUGCCUUUUUGCAGAGCUUGUUGGAGGUCAUUUUGGACAUCAGGGCUACUCAGCAGUUCUUUUCCUACAAGGGCAGGUUCAUCCCCAUAAACGCCUUCAUCAUUUUGGACGAGGGGGUCAACUACCUCUUCUUUAACUACGUCCCGAAUGAAAACCACAUCAACUACGCCGCGUGA